GUUCUUUCACUUUCUUGACCAACCCUCCCACAGCCUUCGCUGCAGGGAGGUCUACGUAACAAACAUGGGGGAGAAUACGGAUUGCAAACGCGACUAGCGCUAUCACCAGAUACAACGAAACAACAAUCAACGGCUACUUUAGAGCAUUCUGUAGAUAGAGGUGGUUAACUAGAUACACUAACAAUUCUAAUAGGUUGUUGAGACUUUCGCAGUGCACGCUUUCUCACGAACAGUCAGACAGCCUGGAGUCAAUUACCGAUUUGCCUGCUGAUAACAAAAUCGAAUUACUAGUAGAUAUUUGUGCUUGCGUCUUACGUCAAUAGCUAGUAUUGAGAACAACACUCGGCGUGUUCGGUGAGAUGUCGUCCCUGUCAGCUGCAAGAGCAGAAGAAACCAUCAGAAACAAAGUCACAAUUAUUCAGAGUGAUACAAAACGGAAAGUGGAUACAAUCCAUCUGACCGAUAGCGGCAUCGCUCGAUUUACAAGAACGUUGACAGGUCUACAAAGAGAAGAAAAACAGUUUGUAAGCGAAGCUCUCACUAUUGCUCAGUUUGCCAGACGGUCGGAGAACGAAUACCAAAAGAGCUUUCUCUGCGGUGGAGAUAGAGAACGAGUGGCCAGAAUAUCUGUCAAAACAAAACGAGAAGGAUAUGUAGAAUAUAUUGAAACUGGAAGUAAUAGACAACAACAAGAUGAGCAAAGAACGAAAAGUGAAUCUGCUGAUUCAAGUGUGUCAACUCUAACAUCUGGAGUUUGUCAACAGUCACAAAUGUCUAAUCUUGAUGACGAGUUGAGUUCUCAGCUGUUAGUGAAAGUUGCUGGUGCAGUAUCUCACAGAUGGCAAGAAUUCGGGGCCCGUCUUUCAGCAGAUAUGUUUCCUACAAAGAGAACGGACGUUAUCACUGAUAAAUACAGAGAGCCAUUUUUGCGCGCUCAAGCCAUGUUAGAAGAAUGGAGAGAGGCAAUGGGCAGAAGAGCUACUUGUGACUUGAUUGUUCAAACACUUUUGGAGAUGGGUUUGAGGAAGGAGGCAUGUGAUAUAUUUGGUUAUGAUGUAGUAGAACUCAUUAUCCAAACAAAUAAUUAAGGUAAUUAUGUGUCACGUGACUUUGAUUUAGGGACAUAUCUUUGUGUCAAUAUUUUUAAUUCUUUUUUGGGAAGCGUGCUGUAAAGUAUAGCUAUGUGCUAUCAAUCGAAUUGAACAAUAAUAUCUGUAAACAAUAGUUUAUUGAGAUUCUGUUCAACAUGAUAUACGUUAUUACUGGAA